UUUUAUUAGAGCAGAACACUGUACCUUUAAUUUAAAUGCCCUUGGAGUCUGCUGGGGAAGAGAAAUAAUACUGUCAGUUAGUAUGACAUGCAGAUGAGUGCCGUCGAUCUUAGAAUCACCGCACACUUCACUCAUUUGGGCAGUCACGGGGCCAAAACCAGAAGUGGCGGAGCAGAAGCAGCUUCAAUUGAAAAAGAGGAUGAGGAUGAAGAAGAAGAAGAAGAGGAUGAGGAUGAAGAAGAAGAAGAAGAUGAGGAUGAAGAAGAAGAGGCAGAGGAAGAAGUAGGAUGAAAAUAAGAAGA